GGCGGCGGCGGCGGCGGCGGUGGCGGCGGCGGCGGCGCGGGGCUGCUGGAGGCGGAGGCGGAGAGGCGCGGAGGAGCGCGGGGCCGCCGCCACGGGCGCUCGGAGAUUUGUAAGACUCCAGGGCCUUCAAGCUGUGAUCAGUCAGACGGUUCCUGAAACGGCUGGGAAAGAGGUGCUUUGGUGCCCAUCGAAGAGCGCAUGUCUGUGCAUAUCUAAGCCCUUCUUUGUACACAUACACGUUUACACAGGAAGACAGGCUCACUCUGGCGCACACUUGAAGAGUUUUACAACUGAUGAAAAUUAAUGCAAGACUCAGAUGGAGCAACCUGACGCUGUGGGGCUCAGGAGCCCGGGGGGAGGAGGACACUACUAGUGGUCAGUUUUCCACGCGCUCUUCGCGGUUGAAGAAAGUUUGCAGAAAGAAGAAAAGGAAACUUGCUCAGCUCAAGCCUCCGAAGCACCUCCCCAGGUGGUUUUGGUGAUCUGGACAGACUUCAAAACUCUGGACUGAGAAGUAACUCUGGCUGUGUGGUCGUGACUUCAGGAAAGCAAGGAUAACAUUUCAAGGUAGCAGUUGAAACCAGUAUUUAUAAAAUAAAUAUCAAGGAACAUCCAAGCAAAGCUGCUUUUCUUUGGACUGUACAUGUGGCAUUUGGAAGCAGUCUCUGAAUGUGAGCAGGAGAGCGCCCAUCAGAAAACAUGCUGACUCUUUAGGGAACAGUCUGGAAGAACCCGACUCUUGCCUGUAUUUUCAUUUUAAGGGAUUCCUUUCCCUGUUGAGUCCAAGAAGACUUGCAUAUAGGAGGAAGAUUACUUGAUGGACUUAAUUCUGAGAUUAGUCUUUUCCUUCAAGAUGGAAAAAUAUGUGAUCUUUAGGAGCAGAAAGGGGAGAGGCAAAUAGGGAGGGAGGAAGGAGACGGGACAAAAGAGACAGAAUCCUGUAGUGAGGCCCGCUUUUGGCGGCAAGAGGAUUUAGGAUUCACUCAAGGCAAACACUUGUGUCACUUAAAGAGCUUUAGAACCUUCUGGCCCUGCGAGUGAAGGGAUUUUCUCUCUCUGCCUCCAUGACACCAAGGCGUGCACUGGUUUAUCGGGGGGAGGUCAGAUGGAGCCCAGCUCCUCACCAGGACAUAGCCACCUGCCUGCUGGGAAGUCAGGCCGGGCCCUGAGGUGGGAAGUUUCUGGUUCUGAACAGUGGCAAGAGUCUUUUUCUUCCUGAACUUGGACUGCUGUCUGCACAAACUCUGGUCUGUUUUUGCACGGUUUGUGUGCCUUUUUUCCCCUUUAUGCAAUCUUUUUCAGCUUCAGCAGCAGAAAUUUGUCUAGUUGAGAAAACAUGCCAGAGGGUGGCUUCAGAAGGAAGAUGAUCCCAUGUGUUCUGUCUCUGCAUCUGAAAUUUUAAAGAGAAAAUUCCAGCUCGAGGGAUUCUUUAAAGCCUUAAGUUACUUGAAAUCUAUGUAUUUGCAACCCUUUGUCUCUGGAAUCAUAUUACACUAAACUGGAAUCUCAGGCUGAACGAGAAUAACCAAGUUGAGUUAAGAGAAGAAAACUUAGUUUCUUGAUCGGCACAUGUUAAUGAUGCUCUUCUUCCUCUAAGGACUUGAAAAGAAAAACAGAUGCAUGUUGUUUUUAAGCAUUACCUUUUCUUAGCAGACUGCCAUCAUCUUUUCUAGAGGAAUUUUUUCACUAUGCAUUUGGUGGAUCUUUAUAAAAUACUGGCCUUCUGAUUAGAUCCAGGUCAGUCUUGAUUAAAAGGGGUCAGGGAAAACAACGCAAGCCAACCACAAAAAUCCAGUCAAUCAACUAAUGAAAAGAAUUGGUUUAAGUUUCCUGGCAUUCAACAUUACUAUUUAAAUAAAAGAGUUCACUGGAAAAAAGUAUGUAUGCAGCGGUGGAGCAUGGGCCUGUCCUUUGCAGCGACUCCAACAUCCUCUGCCUGUCGUGGAAGGGGCGCGUUCCCAAGAGUGAGAAGGAGAAGCCAGUGUGUCGGCGGCGCUACUAUGAGGAGGGCUGGCUGGCCACGGGCAACGGCCGCGGCGUUGUUGGGGUGACCUUCACUUCGAGCCACUGCCGCCGGGACAGAAACACUCCCCAGAGAAUAAACUUCAACCUGCGGGGCCACAAUAGUGAGGUUGUGCUGGUGAGGUGGAACGAGCCGUACCAGAAGCUGGCCACGUGUGACGCAGAUGGAGGGAUAUUUGUGUGGAUUCAGUACGAAGGGAGGUGGUCCGUGGAACUGGUCAACGACCGAGGGGCUCAGGUGAGUGAUUUCACAUGGAGCCACGAUGGAACUCAAGCACUUAUUUCAUAUCGAGAUGGGUUUGUCCUGGUUGGUUCUGUCAGCGGACAAAGACACUGGUCAUCUGAGAUAAACCUGGAGAGUCAAAUCACAUGUGGCAUAUGGACUCCUGAUGACCAACAGGUGCUGUUUGGCACGGCCGACGGGCAGGUGAUCGUCAUGGACUGCCACGGCAGGAUGCUGGCCCACGUGCUCCUGCACGAGUCCGACGGCAUCCUCAGCAUGUCCUGGAACUGCCCCGCCUUCCUGGUGGAGGACAGCAGCGAGAGCGACACGGACUCAGACGACUACUCCCCACCCCAAGAUGGUCCAGCAGCAUAUCCCAUCCCGGUGCAGAACAUCAAGCCGCUGCUCACCGUCAGCUUCACCUCGGGGGACAUCAGCUUAAUGAACAACUACGACGACUUGUCUCCUACUGUCAUCCGCUCAGGGCUGAAAGAGGUGGUGGCCCAGUGGUGCACGCAGGGAGACCUCCUGGCCGUCUCUGGCAUGGAACGGCAGACCCAGCUCGGUGACCUCCCCAAUGGCCCUCUUCUGAAGAGUGCCAUGGUCAAGUUCUACAAUGUCCGCGGGGAGCACAUCUUCACCCUGGACACGCUUGUGCAACGCCCCAUUGUCUCCAUCUGCUGGGGACAUCGGGACUCGCGGCUGCUGAUGGCUUCAGGACCAGCCCUGUACGUGGUGCGCGUGGAGCACCGCGUGUCCAGCCUGCAGCUGCUGUGCCAGCAGGCCAUCGCCAGCGCCCUGCGAGAAGACAAGGACGUCAGCAAGCUGACCCUGCCCCCCCGCCUUUGCUCCUACCUCUCUACCGCCUUCAUCCCCACCAUCAAGCCCCCAAUUCCAGACCCCAACAACAUGCGAGACUUUGUCAGCUACCCCUCGGCUGGCAACGAGCGUCUGCACUGCACCAUGAAGCGCACAGAGGACGACCCGGAGGUGGGCGGCCCGUGCUACACCCUCUACCUGGAGUACCUGGGCGGGCUUGUGCCCAUCCUCAAGGGGCGACGCAUCAGCAAGCUGCGGCCAGAGUUUGUCAUCAUGGACCCCCGGACAGAUAGCAAAUCAGAUGAAAUCUACGGCAACAGCUUGAUCUCCGCCAUGCUCGACAGCUGUAACUGCUCAGACUCCAGUGACAUUGAACUGAGUGACGACUGGGCUGCCAAGAAAUCCCCCAAAAUCUCCCGAGCUAGCAAAUCACCCAAACUCCCAAGGAUCAACAUUGAGGCUCGGAAGUCUCCCAAGCUGUCCCGGGCUGCUCAGGAGAUGUCCAGGUCUCCCCGGUUGCCGAUGCGCAAGCCCUCCAUUGGCUCACCCAGCCUGACGCGAAGAGAGUUUCCCUUUGAAGACAUCACUCAGCACAACUAUCUUGCUCAGGUCACGUCUAAUAUCUGGGGAACGAAGUUUAAGAUUGUGGGCUUGGCUGCUUUCCUGCCAACCAACCUCGGUGCAGUAAUCUAUAAAACCAGCCUCCUGCAUCUCCAGCCACGGCAGAUGACCAUCUAUCUCCCAGAGGUUCGGAAGAUUUCCAUGGACUAUGUUAAUUUACCUGUCUUCAACCCAAAUGUUUUCAGUGAAGAUGAAGAUGAUUUACCAGUGACGGGAGCAUCGGGUGUGCCUGAGAACAACCCUCCAUGUACCGUGAACAUCCCCAUCGCUCCCAUCCACAGCUCGGCGCAAGCUAUGUCCCCCACACAGAGCAUAGGAUUGGUGCAGUCCCUGCUGGCCAAUCAGAAUGUGCAGCUGGACGUCCUGACCAAUCAGACCACGGCAGUGGGGACGUCUGAGCAUGGAAGUGAUAGUGCCACCCAGUACCCAGUCUCCAACCGCUAUUCCAACCCCGGACAGGUGAUCUUCGGAGGUGUGGAGAUGGGCCGCAUCAUCCCCAACCCCGCUCAGCUGUCCCUGCCACCGCCUGCACCAGGGGCGAUCCAGCUCUCGGUGUUGGACCACGGAGACCGAGACCAUGACCACCUGCAGAAGUCCACCAAGGCCCUGCGGCCAGUGCCGCAGCUGGCCGCCGAGGGGGACGCAGUGGUGUUCAGUGCCCCGCAGGAGGUCCAGGUGGCGAAGAUGAACCCCCCACCCCCCUACCCGGGAACCAUCCCCGCAGCCCCCACCACAGCAGCGCCCCCGCCCCCGCUACCGCCCCCGCAGCCUCCGGUGGACACGUGCCUGAAGAAGGGCGACUUCUCGCUGUACCCCACGGCGGCACAUUACCAGACGCCCCUGGGCUAUGAGAGGAUCACCACCUUUGACAGCAGCGGCAACGUGGAGGAGGUGUGCCGGCCUCGGACGCGGAUGCUCUGCUCCCAGAACACCUACACCCUCCCCGGCCCGGGCAGCUCAGCCACCCUGCGGCUCACCGCCACUGAGAAAAAGGUCCCCCAGCCUUGCACCAGUGCCACCCUGAACCGCCUGACCGUCCCACGCUACUCCAUCCCAACGGGAGAUCCACCCCCGUACCCCGAAAUCGCCGGCCCGCUAGUCCCGGGUCGGAGCGCGGCGCAGAGGCCCGACAGUCUCAUCCACGCCACACUGCGCAGGAACAACCGCGAGGUGGCGCUCAAGGCGGCGCAGCUGGCCGAGCCCCCGCGGGUCCCCCCGCAGCACCCGCCCAAGCCCAAGGGUGCGGCGCAGUUCCCGGCGCGGCCCCCGCCGGCCCUGUACACCUGCAGUCAGUGCAGCGGCGGGGCCGUGGCGGGGCGGCCCGAGCCUGGCGCCGGGGGUGCCGGAGGUGUGCAGCCCGGCUCGGGCCUGGCCCACGCCGCCAGCACCUCACCCCUGACCUCCCAGUCGUCCUACAGCCUCCUGAGCCCGCCAGACGGCGCCCGCGACCGCGCCGACUACGUUAACUCGGCCUUCACGGAGGACGAGGCGCUGGCCCAGCACUGUCCGGUCGAGAAGCCCUUGAGGCACCCCACGCUGACUGAAGCUGCUGUGGCCGUCAAACGGCCACCCCCUUACCAGUGGGACCCUGUGCUGGGGGAAGACAUUUGGGUUCCUCAGGAAAGGACAGCACAGACUGCAGUGCCCAACCCCCUGAAACUGCCUCCUCUGAUAGUAGGUCAGAGCCAGCAUCUGGACGUGUCCCGAGUGCCCUUUGUCUCCCCGAAGUCUCCCGCCAGCCCUACUGCCACUUUCCAAACAGGCUAUGGGAUGGGAAUGCCGUAUCCAGGGAGCUAUAACACGCCCCCUUUGCCGGGAGUGCAGACCCCCUGCUCCCCGAAAGAUGCCCUGUCCCCGACACAGUUUGCACCCCAGGAGUCCACAGUGGCUCUCCAGCCAGCCUACCCGCCCAGCCUCUCCUACUGCACCUUGCCCCCCAUGUAUCCGGGAAGCAGCACCUGCUCGAGUUUACAGCUGCCACCUAUCGCCUUGCACCCCUGGAAUUCCUACAGCCCUUGCCCGCCCGUGCAAAACCCCCAGGGCACUCUGCCCCCCAAGGCACACUUGGUGGUGGAGAAGCCCCUCGUGUCCCCACCGCCCACCGACCUCCAAAGCCACUUGGGUACAGAGGUGAUGGUAGAGACCACAGACAACUUCCAAGAAGUCCUUUCCCUGACAGAAAGCCCGGUCCCCCAGCGGUCGGAGAAAUUCGGGAAGAAAAACCGGAAGCGCCUGGACAGCCGAGCAGAGGAAGGAAAUGUUCAGGCCAUUACAGAGGGCAAAGUGAAGAAGGAGGCAAGGACUUUGAGUGACUUUAAUUCGCUGAUCUCCAGCCCUCGCCUGGGGAGAGAGAAGAAGAAAGUGAAGAGUCAGAAAGACCAACUGAAGUCGAAGAAGUUGAAUAAGACGAAUGAGUUCCAGGACAGCUCAGAGAGCGAGCCUGAGCUGUUCAUCAGUGGUGAUGAGCUGAUGAACCAGAGCCAGGGCAGCAAGAAGGGCUGGAAGAGCAAGAGGAGUCUGCGGACGGCCAGCGAGCUGGAGGAGUUCAAGUGCCGGAAAGCCAGCGAGAAGGAGGAUGGCCGGCUGGGCAGCCAGGGCUUUGUGUACGUCAUGGCCAACAAGCAGCCUCUGUGGAACGAAGCCACCCAAGUGUACCAGCUGGACUUUGGGGGGCGCGUGACCCAGGAGUCCGCAAAGAACUUCCAAAUCGAGCUAGAGGGGCGGCAGGUGAUGCAGUUUGGAAGGAUUGACGGCAAUGCGUACAUUCUGGACUUCCAGUACCCCUUCUCAGCUGUGCAGGCCUUUGCGGUUGCCCUGGCCAACGUGACUCAGCGCCUGAAAUGAAGAGGCUGCUACGGGUGGGAAAGAGAGGCAGAGGAGCCUUUUCAGAGAGGUCUGAUCGGCAAUGCUCGAGGAGUCCCACGGGGCCCCGGGUGCCUGGGGACCAGAAGACAAGAGCAAAACUGGAAGAAUCUGUCAGGCCCAGGAGAGGGGACUGACCUCUAAUUGUUGUUGUUUGUUUGGGCUUUUAUAAUCCUUUAUUGUUUUUCUUUCUUCUUUCUUUUUAAACAAGAAGAGAAUACAGAAGAGUGGUAUCUGGAAGCAAAGCGUGCGAGGCACCUGGUGUUCUUUUCGGAAACAUAGUUGCCGUGGUAAUGUCCUACUGUGUCUGCUUCUGUCACCUGCCAGGACAAGGGGCCCUUCGGAAGGAAGGUAGACUGCCUUCCCGCCUGCUGUUCUUUUAGACUAGGGAGUGUGCAUUAUUAUCGUUCUCCACAACACCUAGCUUUAUUACUCCUCCCUAUUGUAACCACUAGUGUGAAAACAAAAGACUUUUAAAAAGAACAACCCCAAAUCCGGAAGGUACAGGUUCUCUUAGGGGGCCAUUCAGAUCACACAUACGAUGUUACUCCCCCAGAAGUGACUUGAUUAAUGAAGGGUGUUAUGGCAAAUGCACUGUGUUUGACUAAUAGCAGUAGCCUUUGUCCAGCGGUGCUCUUACCAGCUCUAAAUACAAUUCACUCAUGAUGAUGUAGGAGGAAGGGACGGCAGGUGAGGAAGGAGCUUCUGCGCAUGGACACCUGGGUGGAUUACACGGUGGGACUUGAAGCAGUACAAGGGCUGUGCUCCUCUCUGCAUGAUGUUUACGUUGAAGACUCUGCUAGUUGUAUAACGUGUCAGAAUUCCGUGGGUUCUGUAACAGUCAUUCAGUGUGCUUGCAUUCGGGAGAAGGUAAAAGACCAAAUGGAAAGAUCUGGCACAUGGUGGGGAAGCAACUUUGUCACCUAGUGCACUGGUAAGUCACUAGAUACCCACUUACUGAAAAACAACCUUCAUCCCCUCCCCCAUUUUAUUGUUUAAUCUAGAAAAUGUGGCAGACGGCCUUCUCUUUCCCAGUAGAUAAGUGUUCCACACUUUCUCAUCUGAAAAAUGCUGAUGAUACUCAUUUGAAAGCACUCCUUUCCUCUUCUUGGCCACAUUAAAGUUCACUUGACUAGAAAUAUUUUCUAAUGGUUUAGAAAUGUAACAAAAUUUUAAGCAAUCGACAGGGUAUUGAAAGAUAGAGGUAUGGUCAUCUCUUUGAAAAAAGUAGGAGGAGGAAAAAAAGUUCUUUAUUAACUGAAUAGACUGUUUACUGAGGAGAUAAACCACUGGGAACACAUUAUUAAAAUUAUAGUACUUAAGAGAGCUGGUUGAUCUCACACACACACACACACACACACACACACACACACACACACCCUGGAAUAUCUUUUCCUGCCUCCUCCUCCUUAGGGGACACUUUGGGCAGCCUUCAGCCCUGAUGAUAACAAAGCCCAGUUUGUUGUUGUCAAUCACUCGUACCUGUGAUGUUGUUUAGGGCAGGAACACAAGAGCUAUGUACUGGCACAGGGCCCUCAAUUUGGGUUUUGUUUGGAACAGACAAAUGGAAGACACCACAGAAAAGUCUUUUGAAAAUAAUGCAUUUUUACAUUCCUUGUUUUUGGUUUAAAAACUAGAAAAGAAACUGGCCCAUUCCUUCCCCAGAGCAAGACGAAAUCACUCACCAUUUUCUCCAGACCUUGAAGGAGCACAGAUGAGGACAUCUCCCAGCCAACAUAGAGUUUUCCAUCUUAUAUUUUAAAAUAUUGAGCCUGAUUCUUGGUGGGUAAAUUCUUGCAGAAAGAAUUUAGCAACGUAUUCAAAAUUAUAUAAUUCUUUUAUAGGUGUUUCUAUAGCUUGGUAAGAUGUUUCAGUGUUUAUAUUAGUUGUGCAAUAAUGGUUAUGGCCUAUUUCUAAAAUAAUUUAAAUGCAGUUCCCCUGUUUUGUUGUCCAAGAGAUAAUUAUUUAUCUUGCUUUAAUGGUGUUCUUAGGAAUUAUUUUGUGGCUAUGUACUGGUGAGUUAUGCCCAUUUUAUUUAUUUAGAAAAAUAGUAUGUUUGUAAUGAGUUAUUUGGUAGCAGUACAUUUUGCUGCAAGAAAUAAAGAGGAUAUGAUAAAAGGGUUUUUUGCUGGACAAUUUGUAACUUUUUCUAAUUGGGAAAAAAUUCCUAUUCUUUAGAAGUAAUUUUUUUUUUCCAUCCUGUGGUAUUGAUUAUAUACAGAGGAGUAGAUUUCUUUAAGAUGACAUAUCCUAAAAUAAUAUCGUCCCUUCUUUUGAACGCUUUUAAUUAAAAAUAAAAGGUGCUAUGAAAUGAAAAGAGGAGACUAAUUAGAAGAGUAGCAGAGGAAGGCAUUAUUGUCACUAAGUGUCCACUUUCCAGAUUCUGAUUGGUUUUUUGAGAUACAAAGACCAAGAAAAGAUAUAUUUCAGAACUUUUCUUACUAAAAGCAAUUAUAAGGGGAAGUCCUUGGAAUAAAAAUACAAAGAUAUUUGUGAAGAGGAAGUGAAUAUUUGUAGCAAAUAAUUGAACUUUCUAAAUUCUUGACUCACUCCCCAAAAGGUCUCUUCUGCACAUGGAGACACAGGCCUUGUCUUGCGGGUUUAGCAUACCCAGGAUUCGGCCCCUGAAGAUGUAGCAGGGGUCUGGCUCUGUGCUCUGGCCCAGAGGAGGAACCCUGUCCUGUCAGCCACGCUUAUGCAGACGUCUGCAGCAUGGGGAAAGUUAAGUCUUUCAGGUUAAUGGUGAUGGUUUCGCUGAUUGUAAAAAUUGUUUUCAUUCAGUCUCAAUUUAUUAAAUACUACUAAAGUCAGUACUUUAAAUGGAAUUCUACCUACAUACUUCGUGCUUAUUAAUAUAGCAGUUUAUUAAUAUUAAGUUACCUCAUUGAGUCUCUAAAUUUAAAAACAUUAGCCCAGGCAACUGUAUGAAGAAUCCAUGCCUUUUCCAGGAAAGGAGUGUAUUAAGAGACCGAAAAGCCGAUUUUAAAUUUGUUCUGCCUCUAACCUUAUCAAACCAAAGGCACAGAUUUGGGUACAGUGUAUCCACUGAAUGUAUAUUCCAAGAAAAGUUGGUGCCAAGGAAGCAGGAAAAUGUGAAGGCUCUAAUGGCAGCAGAAGUCAGGAUUUUACAGGUUGGUCUUUUCCCCCACAUUCAUUGCUCCCUACUUGAGUGUCCCAUGAGGACGUGGGAAACAGCAUGCAGUCAUCUUGACCCUGGGGUCAAGCCUGCUCUGCCACAGAGCUGGAGGGUGACCUUGGGCCUCCAUUUGUCCAUCUAUAAAAUGAAAGCAAUGACCUGGACGAAAUUCUAAAGUGUCCAGCUCUAACAGCCGACGGUUCAAAAUGUGACCGUGUCCUCAUUCCACUUUACAAGCUUGGAAGGUGUGUUUCGAAAUAAUUCUUUUUACAGAGAAACAUUUCUUUUCCAGCAUCAAUGAGCUAUCUGGUGAAUGUAAACCAGUGCGUUUAAAAUAAUCUCUAGCAGGUUUACCUCUAGAAACAAAUGCGUUUGGAGUCAUGUUCUUGUAAAAUUACACCAAAGCGUCAAUUCCAAGUGAGACAGGAUCCUCCCCAUGAGUGUGCCCUGCUCAGUGGACACCCUUGUGAACAGCCCUAAAGUAAGUCACCAUUUGCCCCCAAAAAGCCAUAGUGUGGGUUGAAAAAAGAACAAAGGAGCAUAUGCCCGGGCUGGCUUGAAUUCUUGAGUGUGUUCAACCGUGUUACACUGUCUUCAAGUUGAAAAGGUUUUUUGGAAAGACCCCAUCGUGUCCCUGUGUGGGCCAUCUAUCCCUUGGCCAAGUCUAAUUGUGAACAAAGUGAGACAAAGUGUGUCAAAAAUGCUUGAGUUCCUGGGAUUUUGUAACAACACACAGCUCUGAUCUCACCAUUUGUGUAUUUCCUUAGUUCCGGCUGAUAAAACUCUUGAAGGGUUGUGGCUUAUUUUGUUUUCAUUUCUUUGGCUUUGUGCAAUUUUCUUGUAACUUGUACCGAUAUUUUCUGUUUACAAGUUCUUUUAAAGGGGAGGGGUUGGGUUCUAAGAUCUUGUUGUUGUAGAUAAACUUUUUUUCGUGUUGUAGAAAAGCAUGGGUUAUGCGUUUGACUGAAAAAGGCACUGUAUUAUUUACCAAAGGGGUAUUGUUUUUGCAUUUGUUAAUAAAUGCAUUAUUUUGGUACUGUAAA